UACUGUUUAUCUGUGGAAUGUUGAGACCAGAAAAGUGGAAGCACAACUUAAUUGUGCUGAUGUUGUUCCUGUAACAGAAAGUGGGUUUUUCAAUACCUACUUAGGCAACAACCAUGAAGCUCGUAGAUGUCAGGUGACGGCCAUGAAAGUGUCUGACAAAUACCUGUACAUUGGCACCACGUCUGGUUGUGUAAUUGUGGCAGACGCAGUGGAACUAAAGCCCUACAAUGUGUUCUGUUGUCACAGCAAUGAGGAUUUUUACAUCAGGACCAUCAUCCCUCUACAAGAGAACAGUCCCCCUGACCCCCCUCACCUGAAGCCAUUCAGACCCCAGGGGAUUGUGACUGUAGGUAAAGGUUACAGAGACUUAAUCCUGAAGACAGAAACUGAGACUGAUCAGAGUUUUAUACAAAGCAUUGCUAACAGACCGACUGGUUCUCCAAGAAAGUCCAUAAAAAGUCCGACUUAUAUUAUCUCCUGGUAUGCCAAAAACUGGGAAUUUUAUUAACAACCAUGCCGCAUAAACAAUGGGAAGAUCGUCUUUAUAAAAGAUUGAUGUGCACUAAACACUGCAAUCUAGUCACGUAUUUGCUACCAAAGCACCUUUAUUUAUGUUGGGUACUUAUAUUUUCAUUAAUUAAGUCACAUUAAGCUUGGCAAGUUGACUAUGGAAAACAGAAAUCCAAUUAUUUACCAAAUGUUGUAUGUGAGUUUUGAAGUGGUACAGUGCAAUAUGAUUGUUUUAUUUAUUUUGUUAAUGACAGUAUGUUACAAUUGUGUAUGAGAAAAAUGUUGCACCGUAAAUAAAUGAUUUAUUUGA